AUGCAAGCACUUCCUGCAGAUGAAGCACUGUGGCGUCCGUUCCGGUCACGCAGAGAUUUCGAAUUUUCUGAAAUUGCUCUUGAUGCUGCUCUCAACAAACACCAGAUUGACAGGCUACUUAGCCUCAUCGCCCACAUAUCGCAGGUUCCCUACAAGAAUGAAGAACGGGUCUACGAGGUGCAUGCACGUCCUUUAUGGGACUGGGCCCUCGAUCUGUUGGAUAACCCAUUGCUAGCACCCCAUUUUGUUUGGGACAUGCAACACGUCUACAAACAUAAUGGCACAGACUUCAAACAUUUCUUCAACGAACCGUGGACUGGUCACCAGUGGUGGGAUAUCCAAUCUCAUCUUCCGCCGGAUCUGAAUGCUGUCCCCUUUUGUUUUAUAUUAUACGCAGACAAGACUAGGCUCUCCUCACAUGGCACCAUUAAAGGGUACCCAGUUGUGGUGUGCUGCGCAAAUCUACCUGUUGAGAUUCAAAACGGUGAAGGGCUCGGUGGCAGUCGGGUGGUUCCUGAAGAGGCAUUCGAAGAGGGGAAACUCAGAUAUACUACUCUAAAGCGUGUCAUGUGGCACGAGUCAUUCCUCAAGCUUCUUGUUCACCUUGAUCAGUACUCGAAGACUGGGUAUUCAUAUUCAUGCUAUGACAAGAUCAUGCAUUGGUUGUUUCCUGUUAUACUGAUACUCUCGGGAGACUACGAGGAACAAUGCAUGAUGUCUCUCAUAUGUGGUUUACAGUGCAAGUGCCCUUGCCCAGUCUGUCUUGUCCCUCUUGACGAGCUUCAUGACUUGUCCAAUACCUUCCCAAUCAGGUCUAUGAAAGAUGCGCAGGUUGCGCUCGACAUUUACAGAUGGAACAGAACUGAAGGCGAAGAAGUUCUGAAAGGGUUAGGAUUGCGUCCCAUCGCAAAUGUCCUGUGGCUCAUCGAGAAUUCUGACCCUCAUGAGGCAUUAAGCCUGGACAACUUGCAUACCUUGCAUGGUGGCACAGGGGGGGAACAUUUACUCAGAGAAUUGAAGACGGUCCUCGCUGACCUUGGAUGCGAGGCCCAGGACAAUUUCGAGCAACAGUACCGAUGGCAACAAGAGGCGGGACUUAGUCAAGGUAUGUACAUAUGCCCAUCAACAUCAAUUUCUCGGCUGAUCAUUACAAAGCAAGCAUUUUAUGCGGCGCUCAGUGUCUUAAAAUGCCAAGUCAGUCCAGAAGGCUACCACCUUCUUCGAGUCAUUCGCAGUUACCUGCGGUUGGAUAGUUUGAUCAGGCUCAAUGUGCAUACAGAGCGGACACUUGCAAUGAUAGACACUGAAUUCCUCAUCUAUGAUACUGCACUCAAGGACUACAUUGAAUAUGCCACUAUGACAUCAUCCAUUGAGGGCAUCAAGACAGACUGGAACUUUCCAAAGACGCAUCUUUGGAAACACGCACAACACGACAUUAAAUCGAAAGGUGUGGCACGUAACUACAGCACAUGCCCAAAUGAGAAGCUCCAUGGCCCGCUAAAAUCAGCCUAUCUUUCUCAGUCGAAUGGAAAAGACGUUGCUAAACAGAUCCUUCGUAUUGAUCAUCAUAAAUGUGCAGCCCUGCUGUUGCGAGGAUGUCUGGAUACCCUCGACGAACAAUGCCGCCUACAGGCUUUAGGUGAUGCUGGGCUUGAUGACGAGGACCACAACCACAUCAAUUUGGAUGGGCAUUUCAAGCUCAGCUCUCCUCAAAGCCGUGCUGAUACUAUUCAGGAUAUUGAAAACAGGCUCAGUGCUCAAGAUUCAGUGUUUCAAGGCUUCCACAAGAAACUUGCUAAUUUCAUCAACAUGUCAUUACCUACUUAUGGAUACCAGUUGACGAGAUGGACCAUUAUUCCAACUGAUUUCCAGAUUCAUGAAUACCGCUACCUCAAGCUCAAUUAUGAAAGUACCGUCAACUGGAGACAGUCGACAGAUCACCUCCAAUCCAAUCCUUCUUUCCAUGGGUCUCCACGCUUCGAUUGCGCACUCAUACAGCUUACUGCAGAAAGGACCGUCUUUGUUAAGAUCAUAUUUAUGUUCAAAUGCGAAGUUCCGGAUAUUGGCGCCUUCCAAUUUGCACUUGUUCAGCCGUACACCGCUGGCAUUCAAGCUGUUCCCAGAAGAGAUUCAAUUUUUGUACCCCUCAAGUCCUUCAUCUGA